AUGCGCACCGCCAUUCUUCUUGGGGACUCGUUGACGGAGCAGGGUUACUUCUCUGGCUGGGCCGCGCAGCUCAGCGAACGUUACGUGCGCCGCGCAGAUGUGCUCAAUCGUGGGCUAAGCGGCUACAACACACGCUGGGUACUGGACAUACUGAACGAUGACGAGAGGCGCCGGCACCUGCUUCCCCCACACAUUGGCCAGCCGCUAUUUGUGACCCUAAUGCUUGGAUCCAACGACUGCGCCGGCUUGCCUCAGUAUGUGCCGCUGGAGGAGUACAGGGUGAACCUGAAGGCAAUCGUCAGGCUUGUGCGCGAGCACGUGGCUCCUGUUGGUGGCUUAUUCCUCAUGUCGCCCCCGCCCUUGGACGAGGAGGGCCGACUGACAUGGUUGAGGAGCGUUGGCCGUGAGCCCGACUCCUGUAAGCGCAGUUUCGAAAACGUGCGGCGCUACCGCGACGCCGCGCUGCAGGUUGGGGCCGAGGAGUACGCGGAGCACGGGGAUGUGUUUACGGUUGAUCUGCACCUUGCCUUUCUGGGCGCGGGCGCCGACACAACGCCGUACGCAAAGGGUCCGUGGUGUGGGAACUUUGUCGACGGCCUCCACUUCAACGGGGACGGCGGCCGAAUUGUUUUUGAGGCGUUGUGGAGUGCCAUUGCGAAGUCUGCGAGGGCCGACAAAAUUAUGCCGGACGGCCUUCCGUACGUUCUGCCGCCGUGGGAUGCAUUAGCGAGUAGUACCUUGUGA